UAAAUCGAGCAGCGGGAGAAAGAUCUGUGGCUCUUUUCCUGGUAGGAGCAGCAUUUCAGAGGUAAAAUGAUCCCUCCGAGCAGCGCAACCGAAGUCGACGUGGACAGCGUGGAGAAAGAGCAUGAAGCAGAGAGCACCGAGCAGCCCCCCUCCCCAGCAUCAACCACCAGCCAGGAAUCAAAGCUGCAGAAACUGAAACGAUCCCUCUCCUUCAAGACCAAAAGCUUGCGGAGUAAAAGUGCAGACAAUUUCUUCCAGAGGACUAAUAGCGAUGUGAAACUGCAAGUGGACUUGAUGCCUGAGGUGAGCACGAGCACUGGUCAGCUCCCCAGCUCUGAAAGUCAGGCGUCCUCUCCCACAAAAGUCCCACAGCUGCCAGAAAACAACAAGGCUCACAUCUUCCAAGAGCACAUCUUCAAAAAACCCACCUUCUGCGAUGUCUGCAACCACAUGAUUGUUGGGACAACCGCGAAGCACGGGCUGCGCUGCAAGGCUUGCAAGAUGAGCAUCCACCACAAGUGCGCCGACAGUAUCGGGCAGCAACGCUGCAUGGGCAAGCUGCCAAAGGGAUUUCGGCGGUACUACAGCUCGCCGCUCCUCAUUCACGAACAGUUCGGCUGCAUCAAAGAAGUGAUGCCUAUUGCCUGUGGCAAUAAGGUUGACCCUGUCUAUGAAACUCUCCGCUUUGGAACUUCCUUAGCUCAGAAAACCAAGAAGAGCAGCUCUGGAAGUGGGUCUGAUUCUCCCAACAGGAAUUCUACCUCUGACCUGGCAGAAGUUCCUGAAGAAGCUGAUAGCUCUGGAGGCACUUUUGACAUCAACAGGAAACGGAGCAACAGUGUGUUUACAUACUCCGAAAACGGCACAGAACACUUUGGAGAAGAACCAAAAAGCAUACAUUCUCCGGAACCAUUUUAUAAAAACACGUUACAAAUGAACACCUAUGUUGCCUUGUACAAAUUUGUACCACAAGAAAAUGAAGACUUGGAGAUGAGACCAGGGGAUAUGAUCACUCUUCUGGAAGACUCCAAUGAAGACUGGUGGAAGGGGAAAAUUGAAGACAGAACUGGAUUUUUUCCUGCUAACUUUGUUCAAAGAGUGCAACAUGAUGAAAAGAUUUACAGGUGUAUCAGGACAUUCAUCGGGUGCAAGGAGCAGGGACAGAUAACUCUGAAAGAAAACCAAAUCUGCGUAACUUCUGAAAAGGAACAUGACGGCUUUAUCAAAGUAUACAGCGGGAAGAAGAAAGGCUUUGUGCCCAUAGAUGUCUUAGAAAACAUCUGAUUUCCACAGCUCGCUUGCUGCAGUAGGAGCCCUUUGUUGGCGAUGCCUGUCUGCCUCAUCUCACACUGUGUCAACCCAGAUGGGCUGUCUUGCAGAUGUUCAGGGAAAAGCACGAAAACUGCAACUACAAGAAGAAAAAGACAUUUAGACUGUCACACCAACACUAAGAAAUACAAA